AUGACCACCGCUCCUCCAGUUUAUCGACGACAGCGGCGAUGUAGCUCGACAUUUACCGAUCCGAGUAAUGUCCUGGCCAUUCAAGAGCUUCGCUCAAGGUUGUUACAGGACACGAAUCUAACCAAUAGGCAAUCUGAGGAGGAUAUUCAUCGAAUUCGAAACGAGGAUUGGUGGCUUAACCAAUUUCUUUAUACGGUUGAUUACGAUGUAGAUAUUGCCUAUGCAAUCGUACUUGAAUGCCUUAAAUGGCGAAAAUCAUUCGACGUUGAACGAAUCAGUUUAUUACAACUAAAACCGCUUCUCGACAAUCAGCUAAUGUAUUUGCAUGGAAAAGACUUGCAAAACCGCUAUAUGCUUUGGAUUAACAUGAAGCACUACAGGAACGGCGACGACAACUUUGAGAGAUUAUUUUGUUUUUGGCUCGAACGGCAUUACAUGGAAAAUCGUGGAACGCAGCCAAUGACUCUAUUUAUAGACAUGUCGGGAACCGGCCUCAAAAACAUGAGCUUCGACGCGAUGAAGUUUAUCAUUCAUUCCAAUCGCUACUAUUAUCCAAACGCCAUAGAAUCUAUCCUAGUUUUCGACAAUCCAUCCAUAUUAAAUGCUUCUUGGAAGGUAAUUGGAUCCUGGUUGGAUUCGUCUUCCAAUAUUCGAAACGACCUUCUCACCUUUGUCACAAAGGCUAGUGUAUCACAUUACGUGCCGAAGACCUAUUUGCAGCAGCACCAUGGCGGGACGGAUUCGUUCAAGUUCACCAUGGACGAGCUCGCCAAAUGUCUACCACCACCGCCGCCGCCAAAACCGUCGCAAAAAUUGGUGCAGGCGAAAAUGCAGUCAAUCGACGAUACAACUAAUAACAAUAAUAUUGCGACCGACUUUGAUUUUUCAGCGUUUCAAAAAAGAAAUGUCAAAUUUGACGAAGAAUCUACAACACGCCGCGCAAUGUCAAUAAGCAGACGAUCUAGCAAAGGCCCGAAAAACCGAAAACCGCAUAUUCCACCUUCUCUUCGACCCCUAAUUGAUAAACGAGUAAACGCGCCUACUGAAGAAUGGGCUUCGAACGAUUUCGUAUCCGCUACGCCAAGGGAUGAAAUUCGUCUCAACAAAUAUGAGGGCGAAAAUGAUUUUGUCGACGUUAUUCUUGUCAAAAACCUUUCGCCGGAAACUCCUUUAAUGUUCAAGUUCAAAACAACUUCGCCAGAAAAGUUUCGAGUGCGGCCAAGUAGUGGAAUUAUCCCAGCGGGAGGCACAGAAAUUAUUCGAGUCUAUUUACAAUAUGAAUAUCGUCACUCAUGGAAUAAAGAAAAAUUCUUACUGUUGGCAAUGGAAUCAACGUCGGCUGAUGUUGAAAACUUCACAGAGCUAUUUAAAAAUGCUGACAAAAAAGCCGAAUACAAAUUCAAGUGCAAAAUGGCGGAAAAUGUGACGUUGGACACGCCGGAAGAACGCCGAACAAGCUUCAAUUUGCAAAAUCAACAAAUUCCAUCAAAAACCGAAUUAAAUGUAAAAUUGGAAAUGUACCUUCCCCUUAUUGUACUUGUACUUAUCCUUUUUGUUAUUUUCCAAUUUAUCUACAUUCUACAAAUGAGAUCGGAUAAUGAUGUACUGAGAGAUACUAUUUUGACAUUGUCAAAUCAGAUGAAAUUAGAGGCAACAAACGGUCAGAAUAUUGUUAAGGAAAAUAUGAAUACGGCUGCUGAAUUGUAA